AUGACUGAAGACGACUUCAAUUAUUAUGUUCAUGGACUAUAGGGUUUCUGGCAAGGAUACAUGAAAGGCCUAUACAAUUCAAACACUCCAAGGCACAUUACAGAUUUGUGUUUGAAUGAUGACAUUUCAAAGAGAAUAGCCAAUAUGAUAUUUGUUGUGAAAGAGCAGGAUUUCUUCUUGAUAUUUGAUCUUGUGAGAGAUUUCAUGGCUGUAACAGCUAAUAUCGAUGAAUGUGGACUAGAGAAAAGCAUAAUUGAGGUUGAGAAGUUCUGCCUUAAAAACGACUGCUCUCCUCCGACUAUAUUCGGAGGACUAGCUGCUAAGGCAUUCCAAAUAUUUGACAAGUUAACUACCAUUGCAGAUAUGCUUCAAGAAUUCCCAGGAGAUGAUGCCUAGGAGGUAUUUGACCAAGGCUAAUCUAUUGGCAAAGCACUAGGAUCAAUGAUCAGAAUUAUCUUCAAUUUCCAACACCAUUGA